GUACAUAUUUCUUUUACUUUCAACAGCAGCAAACUUAGCACAGCAUUUAAGGUGGCAAACAUAUCCACUAUACACACAUAAAAUUAUAUAUAUAUAUAAAAAAAAUUUUGCAUUCAAUAAUAAUAAGAUGACCCUUGACGAAGAAGAAAAGUUUACCACCCAUAAUGAGUUCCGUAGUGACACAUUCACCGUGCCCACACGUUCAAUGAUUGAAGCUGGGUUUGUUAAUGCCACCUAUGGUGAUUCCGUCUAUCAAGAAGACGAGGUAACGUUGGCCCUUGAAGCCAAGAUGUGUGAUCUCACCGGUAAGCAAGCUGCUCUUUUCUGUGUUUCUGGUACAUUAUCCAACCAAAUUGGGUUACGUGCUAACUUGAUUCAACCUCCAUACAGUGUUUUAUGCGACCAUCGUGCCCAUGUCUUUUUACAUGAAGCUGGUGGAUUGGCUACUUUGUCACAAGCCAUGGUUCAUCCGGUUGUUCCUGCUAACGGAAACUACUUGACUCUUGAAGAUAUCGUCAAUAAUGUAACUUUUGAAGAUGGGGAUAUUCAUGCUGCACCAACCAAGGUCAUUUCAUUGGAAAACACUUUACAUGGUAUAAUCAUGCCUGUCGAGGAAAUCAAGAAGAUCAGUGAAUUCUGUAAACAAUACGAUAUCAGAUUACAUUUGGAUGGGGCUAGAUUAUGGAAUGCGUCCGCUGCUACUGGAGUCAGCAUUAAAGAGUACUGUUCCCACUUUGAUUCUGUGUCUCUUUGCUUGAGCAAAUCCCUUGGUGCUCCAAUGGGAUCAAUUUUAGUUGGAGAUGAAAAGUUGAUUAGAAAAGCCAAUCAUUUCAAGAAGCAAAAUGGUGGGGGGAUAAGGCAAGCCGGUAUCAUGACUGCCAUGGCUAUCCAUGCCAUCGACUACAAUUUCCCCAAGCUUGCUCGUAGUCACGAAUAUGCUAAGCAAAUUGGGGAUUUCUGUAUUGAACACGGUAUCAAGUUGGAAUCACCCGUUGAUACCAACUUUGUGUUUAUUGAUUUAAAGGCUAACAAGAUGGAUGCCAAGAUGUUGAUUGACUUGGCUAGAACCAAAUAUAACGUCAAGUUGAUGGGUGGACGAAUCGCUUGCCAUUUCCAGUUGAGCCAAGACAGUGUGGAUAAUGUUAAGCAGUGUAUUUUGGAAUGUUUCCAAUACAACCAAGAACAUCCAUAUGAAAAUGAUGGUAAGAACAAUAAGAAGAUGUACAACUUUGAUGCCAUCAGAAAGUAGGUCUUCAACAUAUAUACGAUUUAAUUUUACGAUUUGAUAACUUUUCUAAUAGAAUACCUUUAGAGU